AUGACAACCACCACAAGCACCUCCAUCCUUAAACUCCCCCUCGACACCCGCAACGACCCAUCUCUCCUCCAGUUCAACCAACUCCUCUACAUCCCUGAAACCGGCAUCUGGGCGCCCGGAAAGAAGAGCACGCCCAUCUUCGAUUUCUCAUCUCACUUUGAUCGCUCAUCGGUCAGUUGGUUUACCGACGACUACGUCGGAUUCAACGGGGAUGUUAUGGCACAAGCGAAGGAGAUUGCCACCACGGCAAUUUCCCAGGAGCAAAAUGCGGCUGAGGAGAUCCCGAACCCAUCAAUAAUAUUUAAACUGGCGAGGACUCAUUGGUACAACGACUCGAAAUGGACGGUGACCAAACCCGUAUUCGAGCAGCGAUUGCUGGAUGCGUUGGGAGAUGAGAGCGACGUCGACUCUAUCCGUAAGCAGAAACUACAGAAUAUGGAGAAUGCACAGCAAGAACAACAACAAAAUGAUAUAGUACUGGCGGAGUCAUCGUCGCCAAUGUUAGCAUUUGGCGUGACGAACAUCGUUUUUCCGCCGAAUUCGCUUCACUCCUCCCACCCGAUUACGGUUCGACCUACUAACGCUACGCGACGUAGCCAGAGCUUUGUGCAUGACUCUGUCUCGUAUGCUUGGGACGUUAACAAGAGAUUGUUUCCCGGUGGAGGCGGUGUUCUCAGUUUGUACAAGGGAGUUGGCUCAAUCAGUAAGAUAGAGAUUGGAAGAUAUCAGAGUGACAAUGGCAAGGUUAUACCUGGAGGGGUUAUGGUGAUUGAUUCCGACGAGGUUGAUGUUCUAAUUGCGGUGUUGAGUUUGUUGGCGGUGUUGUCGCAGAGGGAUAGUUUUUCGUUUCCUACGAGCAGGCAGGUUGCUUGA